AUGCUGGGGUGCGGUUGUGUGCUUCUCUCGUGUCUCCUGAUGGUGACUCUGUUCCACUGCAGCGUAGACAGCCUUCGCCUCACCCAGGAGAGCCCAGAGUACCUGGACCCGGUGGUUCUGGAGGAGUCAGGCCUGCAGCCCCGGUCCAGUGAGCAAAAGGCAGCAGGGGCUUUGACGGCCAAGUUACUACUACUUGACCACCUGGACCGCCUGGAGAACGACGUGAUCGAGACCAAGAUGAAGAGGAGCUUCCCAGGGUCCAACACUCCACUGGACCGCCUCUCCAUCAGCACCAUGGACCCUAAGGGCUCCAAGCAGAGGAAAGUUGUUGAACUGCCACGGAGGCGAGUGAGUGUUCCUAUUGACCGGAUCGGAGUGGGCCGUCUACCUAGCAGCCGAGGGUAG